AUGCCUCGUCAACGCCGUGGUGCCGCCCCUACCCCUGCGCGCAGCGCUCCCACCCCGCCCUACGGCCGCUCCUGCUCGGCCCGCGGCUCCCACCCAGCAGCAGUCGCAGCCUCACUCGACUGCCGCCCACCCUCCUCAGCCCCAGCAGGCUCCUCCCAUGCAGCAGCAGAGCGCCGGCCCUGCGGUGUUGCUGUCGGCUCCUCCAUCGGCCACGCCAUCGGUGGCUUCUUCGGUGGUGGCUCCAGCGCCCCCGCCGAGGCCCAGCAGGCUCCUGCUCCGGCCCAGGCUAUGGACAACGGUCUCUACCAGAGCAACGCCUCCCAGACUUCCUACGAGAACCCGGCCUGUGAGGUCGAUGUCCGCAACUUCCGCAACUGCAUGGACGAGAACCAGGGCAACCUUGGCAUCUGCGGCUGGUACCUUGACCAGCUGAAGGCUUGCCAGGCUGCCGCUAAGCCUUACUAA